GUGCUCAAAUAUCGUAUAAAGGAAAAAGUAAAAAUCAAUCCACCAAAAUAUUUCAACGACAGACGAACGCAUUUAAUAGAGAAGAACCAAGUGAGUUUCAAGAGUUCUUUAACUUUGGUUUCUGACGCACAGAAAAUUGACGAUAUGUCUAGUAAGAUGAAUUCGGAAACGCAAGAAGUAUCUUCACCAUUUUUACCUGCAUAUACCAAAAGCUACGCUGCAUCACGAAUUGAAAUGAUUACAAUUGAAUAUACAUGGAAGAUUGAAAAUUUUGAUGAUAUUUAUAGAAGUCUAACUCAGUUACAAUCUCCACCACUUGAUAAAGAAGGUCAAUACAGUAUUAAAAUGAAUAUUUCACGGUUAUCAAAACGAGAUUCAAAGAUACAAUUUAAUUUAUGUACUAAGACAACGUUUAUUGGAUUAUGUUCUACUGCUAUUAAUGUAUGUCAAUUUAAAACCGAAAAUCAAAUCUCGGAUCCUAUAUCGAAUGAGGCAUUAUUACUCGAACUCUCGACAGACCACUUUUAUAAUUAUCAGAGAUCCUAUUCGUCUUUCAAGAGAGACACGGCUCUAAUAUACUGCAACAUUAAGGUUUUUCAUAAUCAGAUAAAUAGCACUGUAUACAUGAAUUCACCCUCUGAAACGGUAUUUAAAGACGUGAAAUCUCUUGAAGACUCAACUCUUGAACUUGAGAAUGAAGAUGAGAAAGCAAUCGUAUUUAUAGUUGAAGACGAACAGUAUGUUAUAUCAAAAAAAUUGUUGUGGAACACCGGCAGUAGUUACUUUCAGAAUGUCUGUCGUACACAUAAAGGAAAAGUAAAAGAUAUGAAAGAUGAGUUACAACAAAAUGAGUUAAAUACUUUCAAACAGAUUUUAUCAUAUAUUUUAACUGGCUCAGUAGACGAAAGUUAUUAUCACAAGUUUAUACAAUUGUUAACAACAGCUGAUAAAUAUGAUGUACCCAUGUUAAAAAUAACGUGUGAACAUCACUUGCUAUAUCAUCUUAACAAAGAAAAUGCUGUGGAACUUCUACAGCAUGCAUUAUCAUCUAAUGCGUCAUCUUUACAAAAGCAUUCGGCAACUUUUAUUAAAUUUCAUAUGAAAGAAUUGAUGGAUGUUUUCAUCCAAAAACUUCUAAAUCCAUCGCAAGAAGAUUUAAUUAAGAUAAUGAUAUUGAUUGAAAAAUUGAAAAUUGAAAUACAUGAAAACAGUCAUUCCUUCAGCUUUCCCAAACCCAUAACACCACCUGUUGAUAGGUCAAUGAUAUAA